AUGAAAUUAUUACAUUGCUUGACAUUUGUCAUUCUUGUGGUGACAUUGGUGUGUUCAUCUCAUCAACGUGAAAUUAUUUCACUCUCAUGCAAUGGUUACAUGCGUCUUUUGAAAGGAUCUCUUCUAGAAUCCAACAUUAACAUUGGUUUGGCCUAUUCUGCUACUAAUUAUGCCAUCGAACAAGCAAGAUUAAGAGUUAAUCAAUGUCGUUGUCCAUCAAUUACUGAACGAAACUUCCAAAGACAAUAUGUUCCAGGUGUCGAAGGAUUUUUAUGGAAUUCCAUGAAGGGAAGAGCUGCUCUUGAUACUUCAUGUCCUGCACAAUCUGAUGCUCCUAAUAAUUGGAUGCAAAUGUCCAAUUCUAAAUAUUUCGCACAAAUUUCAAGUUGUAAUUUGAAUGAUGUUUCGAAUGGUUCUCCAUGUUUAUUCUCACUUGCUCUUGGAAGUACUCAAAUUCAAGUUGCUUUGGCUUCUUGUCCAUCUGAAACAAGUGGAAAUCGUGCAACUUUUUCAAUUCCACAACGUUUACCAUAUAUUGCAAUUCAUUGUAAAGGUGAUGAUUGUGAUAAGAUUGGUUAUCCUUGUCAACAAGAUUCUGAUUGUGGUGGAAAUAGUUUAACUUGUUGGGAUGUUCCAAAUAAUGCUGGAUAUGGCUCAAAUUUCCAAUUUGGUUUUGGUUUCUUUUUUGCUGGAAUUUAUAAUCAAUUCCAAACUUGUAAAUCUCCAGAACAAUUAAUUGAUUCAUUGAUGAAGACAAUGUUGGCCAAUCAUUGGAGUCAAACUUCAACAAAGACCUAUACUUCAAUCAAGAUGUGUGGUCCAAAGUUGGCACCAAUUUUGAGUCCUGGAGCUAAUGUACAAGCUACUUGUACUGCAAAGGUAGUUUCCAGAACUUUAUCCGAAUCUCAAGAGACUCAACAAACUGCUGUAGUUCCAAUGAGUGCUGAUGUUGCUGCUCCUACUUCUGUUGUUACUGAAAUUGCCAUUCCACAAGCAAAGAGAACUGUUUCAUCAGUCCAAGAUUCUGUUUAUUAUUGUGGUGGUGUUGAUUCCACAUCUGCCUCUGUUUGUAGUGGAAAUGGUUAUUGUUCCCUCGUUGCUGGUAACAUUGGUGUCUGUAAAUGUAAUUAUGGUUAUGCUGGUUCUUUGUGUUCUCAAGCAAUUAUGUGUGGUUCUUACAAUUCUACUAAUCCAUCAGUUUGUAAUGGACGUGGUUCUUGUCACACUAUUGCUUAUAAUCCAUUGAGUUAUUGUUCAUGUACUAAAGGAUAUACUGGAGCUCAAUGUGAAUAUUCAGUCAGUUGUCCUAGUUGUCAAAAUGGUGGUGUAUGUGUCGCAUCCUCAGGUGUUGUUGGUAAAUGUCAAUGUACUGGAACCAAAUUUACUGGUGAGCUCUGUGAAAAACCUGUCACUUGUAAUGGUAUUGCUGCUACUAGCCCAGAUGUCUGUUCUGGACAUGGUUCUUGUGUUUUUGCCACUCCAAACUUUGAAGAUGCUGCUACCACCUCCACUGAAGGUGUCUGUAUGUGUUAUUAUGAUUAUAUUGGUCCAAGUUGUAAUACCACAACAUAUAAUCGUACAUGUACCAUUUCCUUGUCAAGUGUCUCUUCAUGGGAUGGUAUUUUAGCUGAUGGUUCAAAUAUUGUUGCUUCUGAAAAGAGAACUGCCUCAAUCUCAGUUCCUGUUGAUCCAUUGUUCCCAUCUUAUGAUACAAACAAGUAUACUCUCAUGUUGAAAUAUGAUUGUAAUGGAGUUUUGCAAUUUGGUCCAAAUUUGAUGACAAUUUACUCACCAAAUAUUAAUUACGGAUCUACCACAAUCGAAACGAAACUUGAAUUGAGAAGAGUUUUGGUUCAACCUUACAAUGCUAAAGCUUGGUUGGCUUUACUUUCUUCCAAUUCUAAUACUUUCUCUGCUGGUUCUUGGACUAUUUCACCAAUGCAAAGAAUUAUUUCACUCCUUUCAUUGAGUACUUUGAACGUUCAAAUGCCAUCCACUUGUACCUAUUCAGAUUACGAAACCAAAGGUUGUAGAUUCACCUAUACUAAUCUCUUCUCAUUAUUGGACAGUCAAAUUAAAAUCCACGUCCACACCUCUCGUUGUACAAACAAUCCAGAAGGCAUUCCAAACUUCUACCUCUUCUGUGAAGGUAAUCUCUGUAAGCAAUUAUUGAAUGCUCAAACAUGUUCAUCAGAUGCUGAUUGUGGAGAUAACAUUAAGUGUACUAAUCCAUUGAGUGAUAAUAAUCUCAACGCCAACUUGUUGGAUAUUCUCUUCUUGGGUAAUAGUAAUGCUGGAUGUGUCAAUAAUAAUAAUGAAACAUUCUAUAGACAAAUUGGAGAUGCUAUGGAUUAUUCUAUGGGAAGAACCAAAAAGUCCACAAAUGAUUUCAAGAUUUGUUUCCCAAAUGAUAUUAGAGAUGGAAUUAGUACAGAAAGAGUGAGAUCAAAAUCAUACGUUGUUGGAUCAUCAGUUGAAUAUUCAGUCCAACGAGAAUUGCCACUUGCUGAAAUUUCAAAUUUAAAGAAUUUGGGUUUCUUUGGAACAAAGUAUAAUCCCUCAAUCAACUCAGUAUCCAAAUAG